AAAGGAUCCUCCGUAAUGGUGGAAAAUAUGGGUUUUUAUUCUUGCCAUUACCGGAAUAAAAUCCAAACAUUUAAAAAUCAGCACUGACUUAGCCAAAGAUGGUCACUUUAGUAUAUCAUUCAUUUCUCUCUCUCCUCCUUCCUCCCUGCUUCUCUCUCUCUCUCUCUCUCUGAGCACCAGAAUCUAGGGUUUCUUAACAGUGAAUCUUUUUUGCUUCCUCCUCAAUAAUCGUCUUCUGGUACUUGCGUUAUAAAGCUCCCUUCUUUGGUGUAGAAGAGCAAUACCCUUUGGAGAAAUGGCAACUGAGAAUCCUAUUAGGAUGUCCGAAAGCAAUGAAAGAUGGUCUAAUUCUAGGCAGGUUUCUGUGCCUAAUCGAAGUGGAAGUGCUCCACCGAGCAUGGAGGGAUCUUUUCUAGCUGUGAAUAAUCUAUUGUCAAGACAGGUCGACUCUGGUUACACCGUGACUACUCAUUCUUCUAAACACAGCCUUAACCGCAUACCUUCUCCACCGAUUUAUUACCCUACUGAGUAUCAGUUCAUAUACAAUCGUGUAGGUAGAUUUCGAAGUAACAAGGGAUUGAAUAAAGUUAAUUCUCCCAAUCAUUUGUCCCCAGGUACACUUUCUACUCAUAAGGAAGUGUCUGAGGAUGAAAGCUCCCAACAGUUCUCUGUUAAUAGUGUUUCAGAUAAGACUAAUGGGUUGGACAUUCGUCUUUCCCCUCCUGGUUCUCAAGGUUUGGACGAUUUCAGGCAGGAUGUUAGUUCUUCUAGGGCGACCCCUCAGCAUAGUCAGUCUAACUCUUCAAAUGGUGAAAUGAAUACAGCAGAGGAGGGUGGUAACUUCUCGGAGAUAUCAGAUGAUCUUAUGGUUAAAGAUAAUGCUGCUUCAAGGACGAAUGGUUCCACUGGCACUGAGAAGAGUCCUGAUGAUUCUGCUAUCAUCUCUAAAAUGAAGAAUACUAACAUAUCAGGAUCCGGAACUGCUAAAUACCCGCGAGAACGAAGGUAUACAAGGCCAGAAAGGCAGCUGCACCAACAACAAAAUAAUGCAACUUGGAUUCAAGGUGGCGGCAAAAUGGGUUCUCAUGGUGUAAACGAUGCAGUUACGGGGACUGGACAGUUUCAUUAUGGACAACCUUACAAGUUCUCGGGUGAUGGUCAGCCUGUGCUUCAGUCUUCAGGUUUUACUCCCCCUCUUCUUUACACUGCUACCCAAGCGCCGUAUAUGACUUCACCAGCUCAUAUGUAUAACAUGCAGUCUCCGGCUGUUUAUUCUCCUCAGUAUGGUUAUGGACCAUACACCAGCAUGAUCCCUCAAUUUAUGCCUGGAUACCCUUCCCAUGGUUCUGUUCCACUUAUUGUCAGUCCAGAUUUUAUUCAAUCUGGGCCAAGUGCGGGAAGUGUUGUCCACGGAGGUGAAAUGCAGUAUGCGGGACAACCUUCUUUCCCAGAUCCUAUGUAUAUGCAGUACUGUCAACAGUCAUUCGGGCAGAUGGAACCGCUAACUCCUAGGAACCACAACAAUGCUCCUGAGUCUCAGAAAGAUGAUCCGAAGUUUCUUCGACAAAUAAGAGGGCCAAGUAACUCUAAUAUGGGUAGAACGGGAAUGGGAGUUAAUUAUUAUGGAAUCCAGCCAAAUAUGGGGAUUAUGGUGCAGUAUCUUCCUACACAGCUCGCCCCUCCUCCUUCACCAGGUCCUGUUCCCUAUGUCGAGGCAUACCCUGCAUGGCAGCAACAGGGGAGCUUGGAAGGUGGGAAUGGCCCACGGUUGUGCAAUUUUCUUGAAGGGCUGAAAUCUGGGAAAGGCAGGAGGUUUGGUUUAUCUGACAUCACAGGACACAUUGUUGAGUUCAGUGCGGAUCAACAUGGGAGCCGAUUCAUUCAGCAAAAGCUUGAAAAUUGUAAUCCAGAAGAAAAAGCAGCUGUCUUUAGAGAAGUUCUUCCUCAUGCUUGCAAACUAAUGACAGAUGUGUUUGGUAAUUAUGUCAUUCAGAAGUUUUUUGAAUAUGGAAACGCAGCACAGAGAAAGGAGCUUGCGGAUCAACUCAUGGGGCAAAUAGUACCACUUAGUCUGCAGAUGUAUGGUUGUCGCGUAAUACAAAAGGCUCUUGAUGUCAUAGAACCUGAUCAGAGAGUUAGUUUAGCACGUGAACUUGAUGGGCAGGUCAUGAGAUGUGUUCGAGACCAAAAUGGAAACCAUGUGAUCCAGAAAUGCAUUGAGAACAUCCCGGCAGACAGAGUUGGGUUCAUGCUAUAUGCAUUCCGUGGUCAAGUUUCCUCUCUCUCUAUGCAUCCCUAUGGUUGCCGUGUUAUACAGAGGCUUCUGGAGCGUUGCUCACAUGAGCAUCAGUGUCGGUUCAUUAUCGAGGAGAUAUUGGAAUCAGUAUGCGUCCUUUCCAAGGACCAAUACGGUAAUUAUGUCACACAGCAUGUCUUGGAGAAAGGAACUUCUGAAGAAAGAGAGAGAAUCGUGAGAAAACUAUCAGGGCACAUCGUGCAGCUAAGUCUACAUAAAUUUGCAUCAAAUGUUAUAGAGAAGUGUUUGGAGUAUGGUGGUCGAAGUGAGCGUGACCUCAUCAUCAAAGAGAUUGCAGGGCCAGACGAGAGCUAUGAUAGUCUAUUGAUGAUGAUGAAGGAUCAGUACGGAAACUAUGUGGUGCAGAAGAUAUUUGAGACAUGUACAGCUGAUCAGCGUGCAACAUUGUUCAGCCGAGUCAGAAUGCAUGCAUCUGCAUUGAAGAAAUACACAUAUGGGAAACAUAUUGUUACUAGGUUGGAGCAGCCCUUUAGUGAAGAAAAUCAAGAAUCAAGAUGAUGAGUGGCUCUUCUGAGUUGAAGGUAGUGGCCGACUCAGAUUUACUCAAUACAAUUCGCUUUUCAUGAAAGCUGGCUAUCCAUUGGGAAGAUUUUAGAUGAUUGUGAAGGAUGUUUACUUGGAAUAUUUAUCGUAGCAUAGCCGUUGUGAUGAUUGUGUGGCAUGUUCGUAAAUAUUCAUAAAUGUAUCAGUAGUGUACUUAAGUUUUGUUGUAACUGGUUUGUGGAUUUUUCACCAAGACAAUUCGAAACUUUCUUUAGACAGUAUUACUACCGAAGCCAAAUAAUACAUGCUUAUCGUC